GGGAUCUUUUUUUCGUUGUGUGGAGGGAAUAGAUCGGUGGGAAAGUACGAGUACCUAUUUGAAGGAUCGCUCUUUACUCGUCCUGCAACAUAUAAUCAAAGCCUUCUUCUCUUCUCGUGCUACUUGCUUCAUCUAAAUACUCGUGCACCUCUUUACAAAGAACAACCUUCCGUCAACCCAAAGCCACAAUCGAUAUGCAAUUCAAAUCCCUCGCCGUGUUCGCCCUCUCUGCUGGAGCCCUUGCUGCUCCCGAGAAGAGACAGGCCACUGAUGUCAACCUUGCAUCCGUCAUCCAAGUCCUCCAGACUGCUGUCCCUACCUCGGUUGCUCUUGAGUUCCUGACCAACUCUGCUGGUGUCUACUCAUCCGUCGCAUCUGAAUUGGCCGCUGGCUCGACUCCUUCCUGGAUCGCCGGUCUUCCUAGCGACGUUCAGUCAUACCUCGUCGGUGUUGCCGAGACUCCUUCGGUCGCCAGCUCUGCUGUCGCAAGCGCCACUUCUGCCCUGGCCAACAGCACCAUCACAACUGCCCCUGUUGUCAUUGCAAGCAACGGUACCUCUCUCAGCAAUGGCACUGCUCCUGUCAUCGUAGCCAACGGCACCGCUCUCGUCAACGGCACUGUUCCCUCGGUGUGGGUCUUGCUGGUGCCGUCGGUCUUGUCGGUGUCUUCGUUCUCUAGAGAAACCAGCCUUACAAUGAUAUGAGGACAUGACUCAAAUCGUCCCCGUUAAUGGCGCAAGGUGCAGAUGAGGUCUUUCGCACGGGUGAUCGUAUCAAAAAGCUUAGACUACCCCUUCUGUAAUGUUCAUAUUAUACGCUAUCAUACCUACCUAUUCGUCUUGCAACAUCAGCCUUACUCACAUGCCAUAAUCUGUUCCACAUAGCUAUCUCAAGACACGUUGUUCCUCAGAACAUGGUGAUGUCCAUCGGAAAGGCGUCGGUGCACCGGCUCUUAAUGGAAGCUUCUCUGGCUGACGAGAUCCACUGCAUCGUACUACAGCUCGUUGAU